CACAAGUUCUAAUAAUUCCGACACAAGGAAAUAAAGCUAGAGGAGACAGAACAGAGAUAGUAUGCGCAUUACCAAACCCAUAACUCUAUAUAGAGACCUUUCUUACUUCCAUUCUCUACUAAAAUCUUGUAUCCAUGGUGAAAUCUCUUCUUCUCCAAUCACUAUCUUCCGUGACUUACUCCGUUCCUCUCUUACACCAAAUCAUUUCACUAUGUCUAUCUUUCUCCAAGCCACUACUACCUCUUUCAAUUCCUUCAAGUUACAAGUCGAACAAGUCCAAACCCAUCUCACAAAAUCAGGUCUUGAUCGGUUCGUAUACGUGAAAACAUCUCUUCUUAAUCUCUACUUGAAGAAGGGUUGCGUAACGAGUGCACAAAUGUUGUUCGAUGAAAUGCCUGAGAGAGAUACAGUUGUUUGGAAUGCAUUGAUUUGUGGGUAUUCACGAAAUGGUUAUGAGUGUGAUGCGUGGAAGCUUUUUAUCGUAAUGCUUCAGCAAGGGUUUUCUCCAUCUGCUACUACACUUGUGAAUUUGUUACCUUUUUGUGGACAAUGUGGUUUUGUAUCUCAAGGGAGAUCUGUUCAUGGUGUUGCUGCAAAGUCUGGCCUUGAGUUGGAUUCUCAGGUGAAGAAUGCGUUGAUUUCGUUUUACUCAAAGUGUGCAGAGUUGGGUUCAGCAGAAGUCUUGUUUAGAGAAAUGAAAGAUAAAAGCACAGUUUCUUGGAAUACAAUGAUUGGUGCCUAUAGCCAGAGUGGUUUACAGGAAGAAGCCAUCACUGUUUUCAAGAAUAUGUUUGAGAAGAAUGUGGAAAUUAGUCCAGUCACUAUCAUCAAUCUUCUUUCUGCUCAUGUUAGUCACGAGCCACUACAUUGUCUUGUUGUUAAAUGUGGAAUGGUGAAUGAUAUAUCUGUGGUUACUUCUUUGGUCUGUGCAUAUUCAAGGUGUGGGUGUUUGGUUUCAGCAGAGCGUCUUUAUGCGUCUGCUAAACAAGAUAGUAUUGUCGGCUUAACUUCGAUUGUUUCAUGCUAUGCGGAGAAAGGAGAUAUGGAUAUAGCAGUUGUGUAUUUUUCUAAAACGCGUCAGUUGUGUAUGAAAAUUGAUGCUGUAGCUUUAGUUGGAAUUCUCCAUGGAUGUAAAAAGUCUUCCCAUAUUGACAUAGGAAUGUCGUUACAUGGUUAUGCGAUCAAAAGCGGAUUGUGCACAAAAACACUGGUUGUGAAUGGACUGAUAACUAUGUACUCUAAGUUUGAUGAUGUAGAGACUGUCCUGUUUUUGUUUGAGCAACUGCAGGAGACUCCUUUAAUUAGCUGGAACUCAGUGAUAUCCGGGUGUGUACAGUCUGGAAGGGCAAGUACAGCUUUUGAGGUGUUCCAUCAGAUGAUGUUAACUGGUGGACUUUUGCCGGAUGCCAUUACGAUAGCCAGUUUGCUUGCUGGCUGUUCCCAGCUUUGUUGCUUGAAUUUGGGGAAGGAGCUUCAUGGCUAUACUCUUAGGAACAAUUUUGAAAAUGAGAACUUUGUUUGCACUGCUCUGAUAGAUAUGUAUGCCAAAUGUGGAAACGAAGUACAAGCGGAAAGUGUGUUCAAGAGUAUAAAAGCUCCGUGUACAGCAACAUGGAACUCAAUGAUAUCAGGAUACAGCUUAUCGGGGUUACAACAUCGAGCUCUUUCUUGUUACUUGGAAAUGCGAGAGAAGGGGUUGAAACCUGACGAGAUCACCUUUUUGGGGGUUCUGUCUGCAUGUAACCAUGGAGGCUUUGUCGAUGAAGGAAAAAUAUGUUUCAGAGCAAUGAUCAAAGAGUUUGGAAUAUCUCCAACUUUACAGCAUUAUGCACUUAUGGUUGGCUUGUUGGGAAGAGCAUGUUUAUUUACUGAGGCAUUGUAUUUAAUUUGGAAGAUGGAUAUAAAGCCGGAUUCUGCAGUAUGGGGUGCUCUACUUAGCGCGUGCAUUAUUCACAGAGAGUUGGAGGUUGGGGAAUAUGUAGCUAGGAAAAUGUUUAUGCUGGAUUACAAGAAUGGAGGGCUGUAUGUAUUGAUGUCAAACCUAUAUGCAACAGAAGCAAUGUGGGACGACGUAGUUAGAGUCAGGAAUAUGAUGAAAGAUAAUGGAUACGAUGGUUAUUUGGGAGUUAGCCAAAUAUAA